CCCCGGCAGUCGGUCGGUAUGUAGCAGCGGCGGAGCGUCUGUCUGCCACCACAAAGAGAGGAAAAUCGCGCUGUGGACAUAAAAUACCAACCGCAGGAUUACAAGUGCAGCCGCACGAGGAUGAGACACGCGCCGUCCGCCUGAUCGAGACUGAAAACGCGCCGUUUCCCCGCUGAUUUAUCACCGUUUUUCACGCAAAAAUGGCGAACGAUUCCCCGGCCAAAAGUCUGGUGGAUAUAGACCUGGCAUCCCUCAGGGAUCCUGCUGGGAUUUUCGAGCUCGUGGAAGUGGUCGGAAACGGAACCUAUGGACAAGUCUACAAGGGUCGACAUGUCAAGACGGGGCAACUGGCGGCCAUCAAGGUCAUGGACGUCACUGAGGACGAGGAGGAGGAGAUCAAGCUGGAGAUCAACAUGCUGAAGAAGUACUCCCACCACAGGAACAUCGCCACCUACUACGGAGCCUUCAUCAAGAAGAGUCCGCCGGGCCACGACGACCAGCUGUGGCUGGUCAUGGAGUUCUGUGGAGCCGGCUCCAUCACGGACCUGGUGAAGAACACCAAGGGCAACUCGCUGAAGGAGGACUGGAUCGCCUACAUCUCCAGGGAGAUCCUGAGGGGUCUGGCUCACCUGCACGCCCACCACGUCAUCCACCGAGACAUCAAGGGGCAGAACGUGCUGCUGACGGAGAACGCCGAGGUCAAGCUGGUCGACUUCGGGGUGAGCGCUCAGCUGGACCGGACCGUCGGCCGGAGGAACACCUUCAUCGGGACGCCGUACUGGAUGGCUCCCGAGGUCAUCGCCUGCGACGAGAACCCCGACGCCACCUACGACUACAGGAGCGACCUGUGGUCCUGUGGAAUCACGGCCAUCGAGAUGGCGGAGGGAGCUCCUCCGCUGUGCGACAUGCACCCCAUGAGGGCGCUCUUCCUCAUCCCCAGGAACCCCCCGCCCCGACUCAAGUCCAAGAAAUGGUCCAAGAAGUUCUUCAGCUUCAUCGAAGGCUGCCUGGUGAAGAACUACACCCAGCGGCCCCCCACCGAGCAGCUGCUGAAGCACCCCUUCAUCCGGGACCAGCCCAACGAGAGGCAGGUCCGCAUCCAGCUCAAAGACCACAUCGACCGCACCAAGAAGAAGAGGGGCGAGAAAGAUGAGACGGAGUACGAGUACAGCGGCAGUGAGGAAGAGGAGGAGGAAGCUUCUGAGCAGGAAGGCGAGCCCAGCUCCAUCGUCAACGUGCCGGGCGAGUCCACGCUGCGCCGCGACUUCAUCCGGCUGCAGCAGGAGAACAAGGAGCGCUCGGAGGCGCUGCGCCGCCAGCAGCUCCUGCAGGAGCAGCAGCUCCGCGAGCAGGAGGAGUACAAGCGCCAGCUGCUGGCCGAGAGGCAGAAGCGCAUCGAGCAGCAGAAGGAGCAGCGGCGGCGGCUGGAGGAGCAACAGCGGCGCGAGCGCGAGAUGAGGAGGCAGCAGGAGCGCGAGCAGCGCCGCCGCGAGCAGGAGGAGAAGCGGCGGGCGGAGGAGCUGGAGCGGCGCCGCAAGGAGGAGGAGGAGCGCCGCAGGGCGGAGGAGGAGAAGAGGAGGGCCGACCGGGAGCAGGAGUACAUCCGGCGCCAGCUGGAGGAGGAGCAGAGACACCUGGAGAUCCUGCAGCAGCAGCUCCUCCACGAACAGGCCAUGCUGCUGGCGGACGAGCGGUACAGGAAGAACAUCCAGGGCUCCCCUCAGGCGGCGCAGAGCAAGGCGCCGCCGCCGCCGCAGCCGCCGGUGCCGCCGCGCUCCGAGUCGUCCUACCCCAACGGCAACGCCGCGUCGGAGCCGCCGGCCGCGCACCGACCCGGGGAGCCUCAGGUGCGUUCUCACCUGGCAGCGUUAAAGAGCGGGAGCCCCGCCUCCUCCUCCUCCGGCCCCGCCUCCUCCUGCUCCACGCUGCCCGCCGUGUCGCGCUCGCACUCCUUCAGCCAGCCGCUCGCCCUUAGCUUUGAAAACCUCCGCGGCCACGAGCUCCACCCGCUCCUCCGCCCUCCACUGUCAUCCUCAUCCUCAUCCUCGUCAUCUUCAUCGUCAUCGCGCUCCGACCCGCAGCCCCAGCACAGACCCCCGGCCAAUCAGCACGGCUCUCCGGAGGAGGCCCCUCCCAGGAUCCCCGUCAGGACCACGUCUCGGUCCCCGGUGCUGCCCAGGCGAGAAUCGCCUCAUCACCACGGAAACGCCGCCCACCGCAACCCUCCCACCAGUGCGGCCGAGCCGCGGCUGCUGUGGGAGCGGGUGGAGCAGCGGGUGGAGCAGCGGGUGGAGCAGCGGGCGGAGAAGCCGGUUCCCCGGCCGGCCAGUAACAGCGGAGGCUCCAGCUCCUCCAGCGGCUCCAGCACCUCGGGCUCUGGAGAGAGGUUCAGGUUCAGGGCCCGCUCCUCGUCCAGGUCGGAGGGCUCGCCGCUCCAGAGCGCCGGGAAACAGCCGGAGGAGAGGAGGGCGGCGGCGGCGGCGGCGGCGAGGCCGAGCCGGCCGGCGGACCUGACGGCUCUGGCCAAAGAGCUGCGAGCGGUGGACGACGUCCGUCCUCCCAACAAGGUGACGGACUACUCGUCCUCCAGCGAGGACUCGGACACCACCGACGAGGACGACGACGAGGAGGUGGACCAGGAGGCCGGGGAGGAGUCCACGUCCGGACCGGAGGACUCUCGAGCCGUCUCGUCCCGGCUCAGCAACGGAGAGACGGAGUCGGUGAAGACGAUGAUCGUCCACGAUGAGGGCGAAAGCGACGCGGGCUCCACGCCCUGUAAAGACAGCACGCUGAUUGUCCGACAGAGUGCAGGUGACCACAGAAAGCGAUCGGGUCCCGGUCCCGGUCCCGGUCUGGGGCCGGCGCAGACCCCCGGCCUGCCGGCGGGCUUCGCCCCCGGCCCGGGCCUCGUCCACCACACCCCCAGCCCCCACCACCACCAUCACCACCACCACCACCACCAUCAGCAGCACCACCACCCCUCCACCCCCCACUCGGACAGGAACGGCUUUGCCGGCCGCAUCCACCACCUCCCGGACCUGAUCCAGCAGAGCCACCACCCCUCCCCCUCCUCCACCGCCUCCAGCUCCCCCUCCUCCUCCAGCCUGGCCAGCCCCUCCUCCAUGUCCCCCCACAGCCCCCUGGACAAGCUCGGCAUCCUCACAGAGAGCCAGUCCAGUAACAACAUGCAGAAACACAAGUCGUCGUCCUCCUUCACCCCCUUCAUCGACCCGCGCCUCCUCCAGGUCUCUCCGUCCACCGGCAGCGCCCUCAACAACGUCGGCUACGCCAACGACGCCCGGCUGGCGGAGGCGCUGCGGGCCGACCCGUCCCGGAAAGGCUCGGUGGUCAACGUCAACCCGGUCAACACCCGCCCGCAGAGCGACACGCCCGAGAUCCGCAAGUACAAGAAGAGGUUCAACUCGGAGAUCCUGUGUGCGGCGCUCUGGGGGGUCAACCUGCUGGUGGGCACAGAGAGCGGUCUGAUGCUGUUGGAUCGCAGCGGUCAGGGAAAAGUUUAUCCUCUGAUCAACCGGAGGCGCUUCCAGCAGAUGGACGUGCUGGAGGGCCUCAACGUGCUGGUCACUAUUUCAGGUAAAAAGAACAAGCUCCGUGUGUAUUACCUGUCCUGGCUGCGGAACAAAAUCCUGCAUAACGACCCCGAGGUGGAGAAGAAGCAGGGCUGGACCACCGUGGGAGACCUGGAGGGCUGCGUCCACUACAAAGUUGUAAAAUAUGAGAGGAUCAAGUUCUUGGUUCUGGCCUUGAAGAACUCAGUUGAAGUCUACGCCUGGGCUCCCAAACCGUACCACAAGUUCAUGGCCUUCAAGUCUUUUGGGGACCUGGUGCACAAACCCCUGCUAGUCGACCUCACUGUGGAGGAGGGCCAGAGGUUAAAGGUCAUCUACGGCUCGUGCUCGGGCUUCCAUGCCGUGGACGUGGACUCCGGGGCGGUCUACGACAUCUACCUGCCCACUCACAUCCAAACCCACAUCCAGUCUCACGCCAUCAUCAUCCUGCCGAACACGGACGGCAUCGAGCUGCUGGUCUGCUACGAGGACGAGGGCGUCUACGUCAACACGUACGGGAGGAUCACCAAGGACGUGGUGCUGCAGUGGGGCGAGAUGCCCACCUCCGUGGCCUACAUCCGGUCCAACCAGAUCAUGGGCUGGGGGGAGAAGGCCAUCGAGAUCCGCUCGGUGGAGACCGGACAUCUAGACGGAGUCUUCAUGCAUAAGAGAGCCCAGAGACUCAAGUUCCUCUGCGAGCGGAACGACAAGGUGUUCUUCGCCUCGGUCCGCUCUGGAGGAUCCAGCCAGGUCUACUUCAUGACUCUGGGCCGAAGCAACCUGCUCAGCUGGUAGAGGUCCCCAGCCCCGCCCUCUCCUCCCGCCACCCCCCUGCUAACACUGGAUCUCAGAACCCGCAGUCGACGCCCCGCCGGAUCAAACAAACCCCACCCCCCCAACUCCACCCCCCCACAUGAAAUCAAAUGUGAAACACAGGAGGCGCCUCAUCCAGGCUCCGGGGCUUCGAGCUUCUUCUUACUACUGCUACUACCUGGGGAGGGAGCCCCACACCUCCACCCGAGGGAGGGGGCACCUCCACCCGAGGGGGGGAGGGGACCCCCCACCUCCACCGUAGGCAGGGGGGGCUGUUGUAUAAAAGCUCCAGUAGUGUGUGUAAAUGUACGUCUGUCUGGUCCGAUUACUGCUGACGGAGGAGCGGCGGAGGGUUUGAAGCCGGACUGACAGAGGAGGAGGAGGAGGAAGACGAGCAGGAGGAGGAGGAGCAGCAGGAGGAAGAGCAGUGAUCACACACGACGGGAGGACGAAGCAGACGGAUCUCAGAGUAGUAUUUUUUUGAAUCAUUACUAUUAUUCUUCUGGUUAUUCCUCGGAGAUAAGUGUAACUACGUGCAGUUCGACGUCUUUUACCUUGUUUUUAUAACAUCCACCCACAGUUUGCUUGCUUUUACUGUAAAACCACAGACGUGUACGGUGUGUUUGUGUCGGAGGAACGUGACGUGGGUGUGAUCCAAGAAAAAAAACAAAAAAACUCAACAAAAAGGUGUUUAUGUACAAUAAAGUUCUUUAAAGCUUCCA